GGGACUUCUAUCUCAGUCUGUUUCUGUGUCCCACUGAAUAAGACAGCUAAUCUCCUGUAGCAGAGCAGUUAAAAUAAUUGAUGAGUGUGUGUGUUGUAUCCCCUGGAGAGGCUGGAGGAAGAAGAAGAAGGGGAGUGUAGGGAAAAUAGAAGGGGAAAAGGAAGGGGAGGAGGGCAGGUGCUGAUUUCAGCCCUGUAGCGUCAGGAUUGCGUCAAUUUGGGUUUCAACCACGUCUACAAUCUAAGAGCAGAGCUACUCAGAAGAGCCAAAACAGGAUCGGGGGUGGCAAAUCACUGGGUGAGGGAGAGCUGAGCUCCUCUCUGUUCCUCCCACCCCUCCACCCCCACCUUGCUCCCGCUUGAGGUCCCCUGGGCUGCACAUUGGUGUUUGCAUCACGAGGAAAAUCCAGCCUCUGUUUUUCUGGGGAAGAGGAAAACAGCCGCUUUCAUAGUGAGACAAACCAGGGGUUGCUAUUCAGUACCUCGGACAGAGCACGCAGCAAACAUGGCUCCGAUCACCUCAAGCAGAGAGGAAUUUGAUGAAAUUCCUACAGUGGUGGGGAUCUUCAGUGCAUUUGGUCUGGUGUUCACAGUAUCUCUGUUUGCAUGGAUCUGCUGUCAGAGAAAAUCAUCGAAGACUAACAAGACUCCUCCCUAUAAAUUUGUGCAUGUGCUCAAGGGAGUUGAUAUUUAUCCAGAAAACCUGAACAGUAAGAAGAAAUUUGGAGCAGAUGACAAAAAUGAAGCAAAAAAUAAACCAGUUGUGCCAAAGACCUCACUACAUCUUGACCUUGAGAAGAGAGACCUUAAUGGAAAUUUCCCCAAAGUCCAUCCUAAAGCUGGCAGUCCUUCUGAUCUUGAGAACUUGACUCCUAAACCCUUCUCAGAAAGGGAACAGAAAGAGUCCACUUCCCCAGACAGCUUGAAGUCUAGUUCAUCCUUGUGUUCUGUAGAGAAACAGGAUAAACUUGGCACCCUUUUCUUUUCCUUAGAAUACAACUUUGAGAAAAAGGCAUUUGUGGUAAACAUCAAAGAAGCUCGUGGCCUACCAGCUAUGGAUGAACAAUCAAUGACUUCUGAUCCCUAUAUCAAAAUGACCAUCCUUCCUGAGAAGAAGCACAAAGUGAAAACCAGAGUCCUGAGAAAGACCUUGGAUCCAGCUUUUGAUGAAACCUUCACCUUUUAUGGGAUCCCAUAUAGCCAAAUACAAGAUUUGGUCCUUCAUUUUAUCAUCUUGAGUUUUGACAGGUUUUCAAGAGAUGAUAUCAUUGGAGAAGUCCUUAUUCCCCUCUCAGGCAUUGAAUUGGCUGAUGGAAGAAUGUUAAUGAACAGGGAGAUCAUCAAAAGAAAUGUUAGGUCUUCAGGACGAGGCGAAUUACUGAUUUCUCUUUGCUACCAGUCCACAACCAACACUCUCACUGUGGUGGUUCUAAAAGCUCGACACCUACCUAAAGCAGAUGUUUCUGGAUUAUCAGAUCCUUAUGUCAAAGUGAACCUGUAUCAUGCGAAAAAGAGAAUUUCCAAGAAGAAAACACAUGUGAAGAAAUGUACUCCUAAUGCAGUAUUCAAUGAAUUGUUUGUCUUUGACAUACCCUGUGAAGGUCUUGAGGAGAUCAGUGUAGAAUUCCUAGUUUUGGAUUCUGACAGGGGAUCAAGGAAUGAAGUCAUUGGGCGGUUGGUCCUUGGAGCAUCAGCAGAAGGAACUGGUGGAGAGCACUGGAAGGAGAUCUGUGAAUAUCCUAGGAGACAAAUUGCCAAGUGGCAUAUGCUUUGUGAUGGUUAGCAUCCUAGCAGUGAAUUGGAACUUAACAAUUUUUCAUAGGCAAGGAAUUAUUUUGUUUCUUUGUUAAAUGUGAUUACAAGCUUUUGGCAGAAAGACAUCCUUUUUGUUAAGACUGGGUUGAAUUAGCAGAUCAAGGGGUAAUUGUAAAUUUUUAUCAUUAGUUUUAUUCUCCUUCAUUAGCAAAAUUUGAUGAAAUUUCAUAAGAGAUUAAACUUCCCUGGAUGUAGCUUUUGUCAUAAUGUAAAUUUCAGUAAGAACAGUUGUCUUUCAUAAAUAUAUCAUUGCUUCCCUAGUAGGUUGCUGUUGUUUUGAAGGUGAUGACUUCCUCUGCAUAUCCCACUAAAACUCAUUGUGUCUCUUUAGACACCAACAUGGAAUACAUAUCUCUCUGAGUCUGAGUAUAUCAGAACUCUUGUGAAAAUUCAUUCUUUUUUUCUAAAAGUUGGAGAAAUCCAUCAUUUUGAUCAAUCCAAAGACUUUCAAGAAAUAUUCAUGAGUUUGCUUUAUCAUUUAUGUCAUGUACAAAUAGUUGUUUUGUAUAAAAUUGUGUAUACUCAUUAAUUUGUGAUUUGGAACUACUAGGUACCAUUUUCUCACAAGGAGAAUAACUUAGAUACCUUUUAAAAGCCAGUUAACAAGCUUAAAACAAAGUUUUAGGAAGGGGCUCAAGUGGGAUCCACUUGUACUGUUAUAUUACAGGUGAAGUCUGUGACUGAAAACUAGAAUCAUUGUCUUAUACCAAAAAAAAUUACAUGAGACUAUCUUGGGCUCAAAAGAUCUUAAGCAUGAAGGGGACAUUAAAGAACAUCUAGUUCAAGCUCCUCAUUUUACAGAUAAAGAAACUAAAAUCUAGAGGCAUCAAUAACUUCACCAAGAUAAAAGAGUAUAAAAUGUCAUAUUAAAAAAACAAAAAUUUCUAAUAAAUGCUCUACUAUUUUGUCAUAUUCCUAGUAUGGCCUAAAGAAGAAAAAAAAUACCUUGUUUCCCUUUGCUAUAUCAUCAGUUAAAGUAAGGGAUGAAGUAAGACAUGAUGCCUAGCUACAAAAUUGGCUGGGAAAAUGUUCCCUUAAACCUUCCUAUAAAAUCUAGGUUUUGAAGAUGUAUACAUAGUCAUUUUUUUUUCUGCAUUGAGAUUACAAAAAUGACUAAUUGUUCAUUUAGAUUUUUUUAUAAAAAAGGAUUUCAUCGAUGUCAAUGUACCAACUAUUUAAGUAUAAAAGCAAAUUUAUAUUGUAAGAAUCUUUUGGUUGCCAGAUGAAAAAAAAAAGGAAUUGUUCACUGAAGCCAAAAACAAAAAUAAUAUUAAAAAUAGAAAUAAAGUAAAAUAACUUUAAUCACCAUGGAAAUGUAUUUGCAUUAAUGCCACAUACAUUUAGCCCAUCCUACUAGCACAGACCUAAGUGUAAAGUUUACUAUUAUUUCUUGGUUAUGUUGCCCUGGCAAUGUUGCCUAUAUGUAAAUUAUAGAAUUGUGCUCUAUAUAACUUUUCAGGGUUUGGGCUCUGGAGGCCAUUUUAAUACUACUAGAAAACAAUGCAAAACUUAAAUGAUCACUUGGAAACAAUUAUCUUUGGUCACUGCAUGUGGAUUUCAAUGAGCAGAGAAGUGAAGUUGGAAGUUCUAAUGCAGUGGGAAUAUGAAAUAUGCAAGUAAGAAAUAAAUACCACUGAAAGAAUUGCAUUUUGAGUCUUUCAGGUUUUGUGUCAGUACUUUAUCUGUUUUUGAGACUGUGUUUGAUAUCAUCGUGUUUAUAAAAUUCUAUGAAACUGCAUUUUUGAAACAACUUAUAUGCUUUUUAUGACAGUGCUCAAUAUAAAGUAAAUGUAUUACAUUCUGUAUGUAUAAAGGACUGGAAUCAACUGUCUUUUGUUUAAAAUGAGUGUAUUUGUUCUUAUGUCCCUACUAUUAUCUUCACCCCAUCACAAUAUCCUCUUAGAGCAUUAAGUUCCAUAUAGCGUCCUUGUGAAAGCAUCACCAAUGGAGAGAGAUUUGUGAAACUAUAGAAUUCCUAAGUUAAAAAAGAUCUUAGAACUCAUCUAAUUGAACUGCCUCAUUUUAGAUAUGAAGAAACUAAGGUGCCAAGGAUGUUAAAUAAUUUGCCUAUGGUCACAUGGCUAGUGUCAGAGCUGAGACUUGAAUACAGUUUUCCUGAUUCUCAAGUACAGUGCUCUUGUUUUUUUCUCCCAUAUCUAAUGCUUCUAUGCAGUUAUAUGUUCUAAAUUAGGGAAAGGAAAAUUGCUUUGUGUUUUGCUUUCUUUAGCUUCUUGGACUGUUUGUCUCUUUUAUUUGAAUCUCCAUAAAGUUAUAAGUGAGAAGUCAGUCUGAAGAACCCCCUUCUGGCAGCCUACGCAUUAAUAUUAUUGCCAGCUAAAGAAUGACAGUUGUUAGUAGGGGAGGUAGGGAGAAAAUAUUAUAAAAAAUGAAAAAAAAUUACAAUAGGGAUUUGUAAAUAGAUUUCUUUUUUUUUUAAUUUGGAGGUUUUUGCGUGUAAAAAGUUGAGUAAAACUGACUUUCAACUCAUUCUGAGGAAAGGAAAAAAAUGAAAAAAUACACAUAAAGAAACUGAAACAGGCAGGGACAUGUGUCAUCCUGUCACCUGAUAAUUUUUUUCUGUUUUAUAAUGUGUUAAAUACUCAUGUGCAUAUCUUGAAUUCUGUUAAGGAUCCUGCACUGUAUCAAACUUGUAAAAUAACUGUUUGUCUGAGUAGCCUUCCCAAUCCCCCUUAUUGGGAGACAUCCAUGUUUGAGAACUGUUGUAACUCAAUAACUGAUUUGUUUUGAUGUUGUAAUUCAAUAGAAGUGAAUUGGAAGGAAGCAUGGUGUAUGAGAUUUUGUCAUGAUUUUUUUUGUGCCAGCUCUGUAUGAUGUGCCAUGUUUGUAAGACAAGAAUAAACUGCUGCUUUCAUUCAUGCCACCCCAA